AUGGACACUGAAAGAGAGGACAACAACCAGGGUAUCAAUGGAACACACAAUGCAAUCUCUACUGGCACACUGAAAAAAAUUAAGAUUGCCAGCAAGAGCAAACAAGGUGAGGAGAGUUUAGACAACUCAAACUUGCCUUCACCGAACAUAAAGAACUCUAUAGAAUCAUCACCUUAUGGUUCUCCUCUUGUGUCUCCCCCUUCUUCAGCAUUUGUUUCAGCACUGCAGUCUCCAUAUAUAUCUCCAAGGGCCAUAAUCCUAAACCCCCCUAAUGGAUCUUCUUUAGAAAAUCAACCACCACUACCAACAACAGCAACAACAGCAACAACAACAACAACAACAACAACCCAUUCUUCCACCCCAGAAGAUGUUCCAAGCAGUUCCUACACUCCACCUUCUGAUCAAUAUGAGUUCUCUGAUGACACUGCUGAUACAAGGCUCAAAUUUGUGACAUGUGUGCCUGAAGCAGCUCCUCCGCGCAUCUCAUUCUCAUUUCCAGUCCCUAGAAUUUCCUUUGCAAAAGGUCCUGUGUCUCCUGCAUCCAAUGCCAAACUCAGAAGCUGUGAUGUUUACAUUGGAUUCCAUGGCCAGAACCCGAACCUGGUGCGCUUCUGCAAGUGGCUUAAGUCUGAGCUUGAGCUUCAAGGUAUUGAUUGCAUGCUCGCUGAUAGAGCAAAGUAUUCAGAUAGUCAAAGCCAUGAGAUUGCUGAUACAGUCAUUUGCUCGGUGGCAUUUGGAUUGGUGGUUGUCACAAGUUCCAGCUUCCUCAACCAUCUAAGCAUGGAGGAGGUGAGAUUCUUUGCACAAAAGAAGAACUUGAUCCCUCUCUUAUUUGACACAGGACCUGCUGAGACUAUGGCUCUUCUUAACUGCAACUCAAUUGACAAAGAAUGUAAAGAGGCAAUUGAUGGACUAAUGAAGUGCAAUGAAUUCAACCUAGAGGCUAAUGAUGGUAAUUGGAGAAGUUGCAUAGCAAAAGCUGCUGGUAUUUUAAGAGCAAGACUUGGAAGGAAGACUGGGGAGCUGAAGGAUAAUAUGCAAGAAUUUGAGAGUUUACCUUUUCCAAGGAACACAUGUUUUGUUGGAAGAGAGAAGGAGAUUAUGGAGAUUGAAGGUCUUUUCUUUGGACGUGGGAAUUGUAUGGAACAACAAGUACAAGAUCAUUGUAGGCCAUUCAUCAAAGGAGAAGCCAGUGGCAGUGGACAAUCUGAAGGCCUUGCAGAUGAGGAAAGUGAACCUGUGAUGGGCCGGUGUGGAAGGUAUAUUAGUCUAGAGAUGGGAAGGAGCAAAGAACCAACUUUAGAGGCUUGGGUUGAACCAGUCAUAGGAAACAAUUCUUUGAAGAGGUUGAAGAAUAAGAAGUCAAAGAGUGGAAACUAUAGAAGCAUGUGUAGCAGUGUGAUUUGCAUUAAUGGGAUUUCUGGGAUUGGGAAGUCUGAGCUGGCACUGGAAUUUGCUCACAGAUAUCACCAGAGGUACAAAAUGGUCUUGUGGGUUGGUGGUGAAGCUAGGUAUCUCAGGCAGAACUUAUUGAACAUGUCUCUCAAUUUGGGAGUGGAUGUUGGUGCUGAUUCUGAGAUGGAAAGGGGCCGGAUACGGAGCUUUGAGGAGCAAGAAUUUGAAGCAUUCAAGAGGAUCAAGAGGGAACUGUUUGGUGAGACACCUUACUUGCUGAUAAUUGAUAAUCUUGAGACUGAAGUGGAAUGGUGGGAAGGGAAGGAUCUAUAUGACUUGAUACCAAGAAACACAGGAGGGACACAUGUGAUUAUUACUACUAAGUUGUCCAAAGUAAUGAACUAUGAUACUAUUCAGCUUCCACCAUUGCCAUUACCUGAUGCAAUGAUUCUGAUAAGAGGAAGAAAAAGGAAAGAGUAUCCAGCAGAUGAGAUAGAUGUCCUUGAAAAAUUCAAUGAGAAACUUGGAAGGUUGAGCUUUGGUUUGUGGAUGAUUGGUUCAUUGUUGUCUGAACUUGCAAUUGGUCCUUCAGCUCUCUUUGAGGCCAUAAACCAGAUGUCACUUAAAGAAGAUUCAAACUCUUGCUAUAUGAGCAUUGCAGAAGAGCAAUGGUGCAAGAGCAAUCCUUUCCUCAUGAAGACCCUCCUCUUCUGUUUGGAAACUUUGGAGAAAACUAAAGCUAAAGGGAACCUCCUGGCCAUAAGAAUGCUUCUUGUCAAUGGUUGGUUUUCCCCUGCUCCCAUUUCAGCCAGUUUAUUAGUCAAUGCAGCAAAGAGUAUCCCUAUGGUUGAAAACCGUCUCAAGAAGUGGUCCAAAUGUCUGAGCCUAACAUCUAGUUGUUUAUCAUCGCCAACAUGGAAAAAUGAAGAAGAUUCAGCACUACUUCUUGUGAAGAUGGGACUGGCUCGAAGGGCGAAUCAACAUGAUGGAUGUUGGCUUCAUUUCCAUCCUAUAACACAAGCAUUUGCUAAAAGAAAAGGUGGCUUGCAAUAUGCCAAGGCAGCAAUUCAAGGAGUGAGAAAAAUGGGCAGCCAUGUGAACUCAGAUCAUUUGUGGGCAUCAGCUUUCCUUGUGUUUGGGUUCAAAUCUGAGCCACCACUAAUGCAGCUGAAGGCAAUUGACAUGGUUUUGUACAUCAAAAGAACUGCUCUCCCCCUAGCAAUUCAAGCCUUCACCACUUUCUCAAGAUGCAACUCAGCUUUGGAACUCUUAAAGGUGUGCACCAAUGCAUUGGAGGAAGUUGAGAAGUCCUUUGUCUCUCAAAUCCAAGAUUGGUCCAAUGACUCAAUUUGUUGGAAAAGAAGGUUGCAAAGAAGCCAAAAAGUGGAUGAAUAUGUGUGGCAGGAUGUAACAUUGUUGAAGGCAACUCUACUAGAGACUAGAGCAAAGUUGCUAGCAAGAGGAGGGCUUCUAGACAGUGCCAAGGAACUGUGCAGAACAUGCAUCAGCAUCAGAACUGUGAUGCUUGGCCAUAACCAUGCCCUGACCUUGGCUGCUCAAGACACAUUGGCAAGGUUGGUGAGAAUGAGGAGUAAGAUAUGA